AUGGCCUUAUUUAAAUAUAUCCCACAUUUUUGCUCCACAUUACCUGAUGCUAUAUAGAAUAAUUAUGAAUUAAUAAGAAGCAAAAACAGGUAAUUCUGUGCACACAUUGAAGCAUGUUAACUAUUUAAUAAAAUGUCCCAAAUGUCAAGGGAGGCUUGCUGGAAGGAGAUGGGAAGACAGCCAGCGGGUGAGACAAACAAUAUCCGCACUGAACGCGGCUCCCUCUCCCACACAUUUGCACACAAGUGACUAAUCAAGGUUCCGGUGCAAUGGGUAAAUAAAAAUGGCGGGUCUGAAUAGGGUCAAUCUUCCACUCUGUUGUUACAUGAACAGAACAUUAGUGGGAAGAAACCAUGGCACAGUUUCCAUGUUGCAUAUAAAACACUAACUUGUAUAUUUCACUCAUCUGUCCCAAAUUCAAGCGUCCUGCAGUUUGCCUUUUACACCCACCUACAUUUUUGCAAUUCAUUUGCCUAGUUGGAGAGUCAUCAAACAAUCCUGAGGAUCAAUAAUCUGAGCUACCUAAGGGACAUUUGCCCUCUGGAUUCUGGGAUAGAGGGCUUGCACACAGGACGUUGACAAAGUGACUUUUCCCCUCUUCCGUUCCUUUGUGUUUCAGACUCUUCAGGCCACUACAAAGCGUCAGGUGUGCUGAAGGAUGGUGCUGCUUUUGAAUGCAAUUGCAGGAGGACUGCUGUUAACUCUAAACUUGAUUACUCAGCAUGUUGCAGCUGACAAGCAGAGGAAUGGACACGGGACGAAACAAGUCCCUGGUGGAUCUACCUUUUACCUGGGCCAGGAAAGGGACUUGUGGCAGCCGCUAGUCCAAAUUGCAGUGCAUCUUAAUCAAAUAAACAGUAUCAAGUCCACUUUCCAGUUACGGACCUAUGAUCCAGAGGGAGCCAUUUUCUAUGGAGACACUGAAAACGGCAAGGAAUGGUUCAUUUUGGCAUUGAAAGGCGGUAACCCUCUAAUGCUGUUAUACAGAAAGGACGUCCUCGUCCAUGUGUCCGGGGGCCCAAAUCUCAAUGAUGGACAAUGGCACACACUGGAAGUGAGCAACCAGGGCAACUACGUGAUUUUAGAGGUGGACGGAGUCAAAGAGCUGGUGAUGGGACUGCAUUCACAGCAGCCGGACGAUGUCAUUUAUACUAAACUUCGACUUGGACUUGGUGGGAUCCUGAUCGACUCUGACAGAGUCAACAUACCGUUUGAUUCUCACUUGGAUGCCUGCAUACGAGGAGGCAGCUUUCUAAACCUCACUAUCCCCUGGGAAUUGGAUGCAGAGACGCUUUGGCCUUGCUAUCCAAACAUCCAACCUGGGAUCUUCUUCCCUGGAACUGGCUUAGCCAUUUUAAACACCACUGAUUUGCCUGUUGAGGAGGAAAGUGGGAUGAGGAUCGAUCUGGUGGGAGAUUUCAGUCGGCUGGAUGGAACAAUCUUGAGCAUCAGAUCGCUGGCAAAAGAAUUGCUAUUCACUUUGGCAGCAAAUAAUGAAACCGAGGAAAUAUCACUCAACUUGAAAGGAGUCGGAAUCAGUCUGAAAAAUAACAUCAAGAACCUGACGAUAACCUUGCAGAAGGAUUCGAUGACUGUCUUUGAAGAUGAAAAUGAUUUGACACCCUCUAAAUCCAUCCCAAUUAGUCAGGUGGAUCCUUUAAUCGAAUGGAGGGAUGCACAAAUUGCUAUUGGUGGACUCAUAGGUAAUGGAGGAGAUAAUGUUGGCACCCAGUUCUUGACGGGCUGUCUCGAGAAGAUCCUCAUUCAAGGGAAGAGUUUAGAUUUGGAUUUAGCCGUCAAACACAAGUCAAUCUCCUCUCACAGUUGUCCAAUUUAGAGGCUAGAAUUAUAAUCUUUGACAAUGGAGAGCAUUCCACUCAAGUUUAAAUGUAAAAUGAAUUUUUAAUUGAAAAACUUGAAUCACACUGCCAAUUAGGUUAACCAAUGUGUUACGUUCUAGGAUACAAUGUCUAUAGCCUCUUAGCCCAUACACCGAGUAUAGACGAUGAAUUUGAGUAGUAGCCCCAGUGACGAGCGUAAAAAUCUAGCGUUUGACUUUUGCUCCCUCUGUUGGCGAAUUUGGGGUAAGACUCUAGACAUUCAUCAAAUACAAAUUGGUGAGCAUUAACAACUAACUGCAGCGGAUUACAGCGAAUCUAUUCACUGAUCACGGCGCAUUGAACAUGCCAAAAAAUUAUUUUGUAUGCUUAUGUACAACAACAAAAAUAUGCGAUAUAUAUCCCAUGGAGAUUUUUAAAGCAGAAAUUAAGAAACACUAAAUCACUCACAUGGGUACACAUUGCUAGAGCUAAACAAGAAUAAUCUGCGUUUGUUUGUUGAUUAUUUGACUACAGGAGCGAUUUUUAUACAGCAUUAUGCCAAAUGGUGUUUUUUUUAAUACGACCUAAUUCAAUGUCUUUUACGAUUCAAGUACAGUAUUUUAGAUUUACGACUCUGGCUGUAACAGGAUAUGACGCACUGUGUUGCGCUGACGUCUGUCUUCCUCCUUCUCUCUCUCUCUCUCUCUCUCUCUCU